AUGGGCACCCUGAUCAUGGCUGCCCUGGGCAUGAUGGGCACCUUCGGGGCCUUCUUUGCCUCCUUGUCGAAGAUGCUCUCGGACCCCAUCUUCAAAGGUCAGAUCAAGCUCUACGUGGCCCGUCGCAUAGUGGACAGAAUGAAGGCGGCGCUGGGUGUUUCUGGAGGUGGUGGUGGAAACCCCUUGGUGAAGAUCGUCGACAAGUUCCGGUUCAAGCGGGUGACCUUGGUGAUCCGGAAGCAGGACGUGUGCAGCUACUUGCACUACUUCGAGAGCAAAGACCUGGGCUUCGUCUUCCGGGUGGACCGGGACCGCACGGUGCACGUGGCCGGGGUGCGGCCCGGGUCCCCCGCCGCGCGCCUGGGCAUCUCUCACUCCUGGCGCCUGCUGGUGAUCAAUGGAAAGCACGUGAGGGCGGAUACGGAUGUGCAAGACCAGAUGACGAGCUGCUCUCUGCCGAUCUAUUGCCUCUUCCGAGCCCCGCGCACGGAGAAGGAUGAGGAGGAGGCCGAGUUGGACAGCUCCGACGCCAAGGAGCUGAGCGCAUCAGGAAUGCGGCUCAUCACGAUGUCGCUAGGGAUCAUGCAGUCCUUCAACGGCAUCAAGAAGAUUGACCUGGAAUGGCCCGAUGAACUCUUCACGAAGGUCAUGGCGGUCCUUGGGAAUUUUACCUUCAACUUUGACUUCUUCAAAGCGGAGUGCAGCGUGUCCAGCCCCUUUUGGCAGACCUGGCUGGGGUUCACGGUGGCACCCUACGUGAUGAUGAUGCCCAUCACCUUCUCCUACAUAGUGGUCCGGUACCUCUCCUUCCGCGAGAGCCGGGGGGACCCCCAGUAUCGCGACGUGCAGAGUUGGCUCCUUCAGAACGCCUGGGGCCGCGCCAUGCUCACCAUCCUGCUGCUCUUCAUCCAGAUGAUGCACAUGAGCAAACUGAGCUCGCCCUUCCAGUGCAAGAGCCUCAAGGACGGGUCUUCGGUGAUGUUGGAGUCUCAGGACAUCCGUUGCAGCCUGACGGACGAGAGCUACUUCCUGAUCUUUUCGGUGGCCUGCUUCUUCUGGGUGCUCUUCGCCACUGGCUUCGCCACGCUGAGAACGUGUGCCUCUACUGGAGCUACCACUGGCAGGCUGGUACCAAGACCCGAGACCGCAUCCCAAUCUAUGUGGCGGCGGUGGAGAUGA